GCGAUUUCUUCCGUCGGCGAUCGACGAUCGACUUAUUUCGCUCGCGUCCUCCGAUCCGAUCCUUUUCUCUCUCUCUCUCUCUCGGCCUCUGCCCUCCUCUUCUUGUGGUAGUGCCUCUCUACUUGACUCCACACACUGCCGCCAGAUCUCCUCCAGCCCGAGCCGCGACCUCUCCCAAUUGAUCCGCCGUCCUCCGAACGCCGUCGCAUGCGCCGCCACCCCUGCAACCGGAUCUAGCGGCGCGGGGCGCCGCCCGCGGAUGAGCUGCGCCGUCGCCGACACGGGCCAUCUCCGGGAACCGACGGCCGGGAACUCGCGGUAGUGGGGAACCGGUCCCGGCUAGGGUUUCUUUUUCUUUUAUCUCUCUGAGCCAGCUCGGAAUGGCGCCCGCCGACACGGCGUCCGCGGGGAGUUGGGUCGAGUCGUACACCGGCAUGUCCUCCGAUAACAUCAAGGGUUUGGUUCUCGCGCUCUCCUCGAGCUUCUUUAUCGGUGCCAGUUUUAUCGUCAAGAAGAAGGGGUUGAAGAAGGCCGGCGCUUCCGGAGUUAGAGCAGGAGCUGGUGGAUAUUCUUACUUGUAUGAACCACUUUGGUGGGCAGGCAUGAUAACAAUGAUUGUUGGAGAAGUUGCUAAUUUUGCUGCAUAUGCAUUUGCUCCAGCUAUUCUGGUCACUCCUCUUGGUGCCCUUAGCAUAAUAAUCAGUGCUGUUCUUGCACAUAUCAUUCUACGGGAGAGGCUGCAUAUCUUUGGCAUCCUUGGUUGUGCUCUUUGUGUUGUGGGAUCAACAACAAUUGUUCUACAUGCCCCUCAGGAGCGUGAGAUUGAGUCUGUGACCGAAGUCUGGGAUUUGGCAACUGAACCAGCUUUUCUAUUCUAUGCAGCAACAGUGCUUCUUGCAGCUUUUAUACUCAUAUUUCAUUUCGUUCCCAAGUAUGGGCAAACACAUAUUAUGGUUUACAUUGGUGUUUGCUCUCUUGUGGGGUCUCUCUCGGUUAUGAGUGUGAAAGCUCUUGGAAUAGCUCUCAAGUUGACAUUUUCAGGAAUGAACCAGUUGGCUUAUUCCCAAACUUGGGUGUUCACAAUCAUAGUCGUUGUUUGUAUCCUUACCCAGAUGAACUAUUUGAACAAAGCUCUUGAUACAUUCAAUACAGCAGUAGUAUCACCGAUAUACUAUGUGAUGUUUACAUCAUUGACGAUUUUGGCUAGUGUGAUUAUGUUCAAGGACUGGGAUCGUCAAAAUCCCACCCAGAUUGUCACAGAGAUGUGUGGCUUUGUCACAAUUCUUUCUGGGACAUUUCUGCUCCACAGGACCAAGGACAUGGCUGAUGGUCUAUCGUCAUCUAUGUCUGGGCGCCUACCAAAACACACUGACGAGGAUGGCUAUUCUUUGGAAGGCAUUCCUCUGAGGUCUCAGGAUUCGUUUCGGUUGCCAUGAGAUGUUGUGGUGGCCUCUUUCUCCGUCCAUUUUACAUGAACUAGACUUUCCCUUCAUCACGACUUACUGUACCAAGACAAAGCCUGCAUUCUUUCUUUACAGAAAGCUUUGUAUAUCUUUUUUCUAGGCCCCUUAAAGCAUAGGUUCAAUCCCCAUAUGUGAGAGACACCGUUGACAUGCAUUCGGGGAAAUCGCAUUUUGGUAUAUAUGUAGUGUGCCUUCCAAUGGGCGAGACAAUGUGUCUUGCGACAGUGCAGAAACAAACGACACUGAUUUCAUGAGUUGAGCCCUCAUAGCGGAAAAAUAACUGGUUUUCAAAUGAUGAGAAGAUAUCGUUUAUAUUGAUAGCUGCUA